AUGGCCGAUCCACUAUCAAUUGCUGCUGGAGUUGCAGGAUUGCUCUCUCUUGGAAUCCAAGUUACCCAAUCUUUAACUGAAUUUUACUCUUCGGUCAAGGAACAAGCUACUGAUGUAGUCAAUAUUGUGCGGAAUCUUGAAGAUCUUCUGAGUAUCUUCCGAUCUCUGCAUGUCGCAAUACAAGAGCGCCGAUCUCGAACCGACGAACAAGAGCUACACCAAACUGUCAACACUGCAGUUCAAAACUGUAAUCAAAUUAUCAAGGAGCUUCAGGGUGAAUGCCUUAAAUUCCAGAAGGGCCAAACUACGGGUUUUCAGGGCCAGGUUCAACUUGCCCGGCGUCGCGUAGCCUAUCCAUUCCGAAAAAGCACUUUACAGAAGCUCGAAGAAGACAUUGGCGAGAUACGUGAACAUUUAUCUUUUGCGCUGGAAGUGCUGCAACUCAGAAGCAACACCUCUAUUGAGGAUGGGAUACAAGAGCUUAGUUCACUCCUUGGAAGGAUAAAUGCAACUCAGUUCUCCUCGUCGAUUCGUGGUUGGCUGAUGGCCCCGGAUGCGACAGAGAAUCACAACGCCUCAUGCGCGAAGCGUCAUACAAGUACAGGGUUAUGGUUUCUCAAGAGCCAUAAUUUUGCUAAUUGGCUAAUCGAGCGCAAUUCCUUCCUCUGGGUUAAUGGAUUCGCCGGGUGUGGCAAGUCAGUCCUAUGCUCAACAGCGAUUCAACACGUAUCCCGCGAGACGCGGGAUAGACACAGCGUGGGAAUCGCUUUUUUUUAUUUUUCCUUCAACGAUAAGUCAAAACAGAGCGGAUCAGGUAUGCUACGUGCAUUGUUGUUGCAGUUGUCAGCCCAACUACAGGGCGUGGAAAGGGAGUUGGAACAGCUGUAUAUGUCAUACAAGUCUGGCACUCCUCCCGUGGAAGCCCUCCUGGCCUAUAUAAAACGUAUUCUCUACAGAUUUAGUGACUGCUACAUAUUGAUUGACGCCAUCGAUGAAAGUCCCCGAGACCGCGAAAGAGAAGGUGUUUUGAAGGUUUUACAAACAAUACGGAAUUGGUCCUUGCCUGUUCUUCACCUUAUUGUGACCAGCCGUGAUGAGCUUGAUAUUCGCCAGUCUUUGAAUCCUUCUCCGGAUCAGAACAUUGUGAUGAAAAACUCAGAUAUCGACAAAGAUAUCGUCAAUUUUGUCUCCUAUCAACUCGCCAAUGAGCCAAAGCUACAGAGAUGGAAAUCACGUCACAGGGAUAUUCAAGCCAAGUUGACUACAAUGGCAGGUGGCGUAUUCCGAUAUGUGGAAUGUCAGUUCACUGCCCUGAAACGGGUGCGAAAUCGCAACCAGCUCGACGAAUGCUUGCGCUCUCUACCCCGUGACCUGGACGAAACAUACGAGCGACUCCUGUGCAAUGUCGACGAAAUGUACGUUGAAGACGUGCGGCGGAUUUUGACUUUACUUUGUUUUUCUACUAGGCCAUUCACUGUGGAUGAGCUGAUUGAGGCACAUGCUGUUGAUCUCAGUGAUCCGCCACACCUUGAUCGUGAAGGCCGAUUGUAUGAGCUGGAUGAUUUGGUGGACAUUUGUCUUGGACUUGUGGAGAUCUUGGUGAUUGAAGAUGACAGUGGACGCCUGACUUCCAUUGGUCGCAUAGCGCAUUUUUCUGUGCAGGAGUACCUACAAUCCAGCCGUAUCCUCAACCAAAAAGGUGCAAGGUUCGCAAUUCGACCAGGACCCGGAAACUCAGAGAUUGCCCAGAUCUGUUUGGUCUAUCUCUUAGAGCCGAUGCUAUUCGGCGACGAUUUUGAUGGAACCAAAUUGAAGCAUAUGCCGCUGGCUCGCUUUUCCGCCAUGCAUUGGUAUUAUCACUUUACAAAUUCUGGCGAGCAAAAGUCCGGGGUUGAAGGAUUAGUGUUGCGGUUAUUCCAGGAUGCGAGAAACUCCUUCGUGACAUGGGUACGUCUAUUUGAUAUGGAUUCGCCUGGGAAUGCGGGCGUUGACAUGCAGCGUCGUAAAGUCGAUAUUGCCUCGCCCGUGUACUACGCAUCCUUAUUAGGUCUUGAUUCCGUCCUAUACUAUAUAACAAUAGUUGCUGUGGGUGGUACAUCAUCCGAAAAGGUGAAUGAAAGAGGCGGACGAUUGGGGAGCCCACUUCAGGCCGCCUCUUAUGGUGGUCAUCAAGAGUGUGUGCAGAUACUGCUGGAUCGCGAUGCCAACGUUGACGGUAAGGGCGGAGCAUACGGCAGUGCUCUCGAGGCCGCGUCUUCUGAAGGCCACGAGAAGAUUAUACAAAUACUACUCGACUGCGGUGCAAAUGUCAACCUCAAAGGCGGAAUAUAUGGCAGUGCACUCUCGGCCGCAUGUUACGGCGGCCAUGGACAGGUGGUGCAGAUGCUGCUCGACCACGGCGCCGACGUCAAUAUAAAGGGCGGAAUAUUCGGUAGUGCGCUCCAGGCCGCAUCACAUGGUGGCCAAGAAAAUGUGGUGCAGAUGCUGCUCGAUUGUGGUGCCAAAGCCAACUCCCAAGGCGGAAGAUUUGGUAGCGCACUAGAGGCCGCGUCUUCCGGUGGCUACGAAAAAGUGGUGCAAGUACUGUUGGAUCAUGGUGCUGACGUCAACGCCGAGGACGGACCAUACGGCGGCGCACUCCCGGCCGCAUCUUCUGGAGGCCACGAAAAGGUGGUGCAGAUAUUGCUCGAUCGCGGUGCUGACGUCAACGCCGAGGGCGGAUUUGACGGUAACGCACUCCAGGCUGCAUUUUCUAGAGGACAUGAAAAGGUGGUGCAGAUACUGCUCGAUCGCGGUGCCAGUAGUCAACUCUGA